UUCGUUGAUGUUGGCAAAUUUUGUGUUUCGUGAUCCGUUUAAGCAUUGUACAAACAUAGAUCAUAAUUGAACUUUACUUUACCUACUUGUCCAAUCAAUCAUGACAACAAUAGCGCACUAUUUAUUUUAACAUGUUUGUUUUGAUCCGUCCCAUUGUUUUAUGAUUUUAUUUUUACUCAUCCACAACACACACUGAUUCUCAUUAUGACUCGCAAACGACGAGCAAAGGCUGAAACCAAUUAUCACCCAAUCAAUUGGCAGCCGUCGACGUACGAUGCGGACGAGUCGGACUUAGAGGAAUGGUUCGAAAUGCCUCGUCCGUUGCUCUCGACGCAUCCUAACUACCCGCUAGAGGAGUUAGAGCUGGACCUCGAAGAGACUUUGUCGACCAUUCGGGAGCAAAGGACUUCGGGGGUGAUGAUGCCAGCAGACGUCAUAAAAAUCAAGCGUAUAAUUUAUAUCUUCAUGCGUGACAUGAACAUCGUCACAUGCGAUGCAAAUUCUCGCUAUUUGCCCCCCAGCGCGACAUGCGAAUACAGGGCGCCGGAAUCAGAACCAGAGGAAGAGAUCGAGUUGAUCAUACCUAGUUCCGAUUCCGAAGACUACGAAAUGUCCUUCAGCGAGCCCGAAUCUGAUUCGGAAGACCUGCUUCAGGUAGAAAUGGGAACAAAAAGGAGCCCAGUGUCACGCUAUUCUUCCGGUUACUUUUCCCCCGAAUUUGACACCAGUAAGUCGGUGCUUCAUUCAUCGAAAUUUCCCCGAGACUUACCUGGUGAAGCUUUCCUUACUUCCAAACAACAAACUUCGAACCCCGAAUCCCUCCGAAAGCAGACCCGGUCGUUCAAGAUCCGGAAAAAGGCCAACCUAAAUCUUCGAGCGGAACCUACGGCCAAAGAACUGUGCAGCGAAAACCUACUUCGAUUUUUGGAACCCAUCCCUUCUUCAAACAAUCCCAGUUCCGGACGCACACCUGGAACCCCCCAAAAGGUAUAUUCUUUCAAUAAAAAGAAAAAGAAAUACUUCUAAA